GCCCCGGCCCGGCCCGGCCCGGCCCGGCCCGACCCGACCCGGCGGCGCAGCGCGGCGCUCGGCGCGGCAACAUGGCGACGGUGCCCGUGUACUGCGUCUGCCGCCUGCCCUACGACGUUACCCGCUUCAUGAUCGAGUGCGACGCCUGCAAGGACUGGUUCCACGGCAGCUGCGUUGGGGUGGAGGAGGAGGAGGCACCUGACAUCGACAUCUACCACUGCCCAAACUGCGAGAGAACCCAUGGGAAGUCCACCCUCAAGAAGAAGCGGACCUGGCACAAACACGGCCUGGGGCAGACGCCCGACGUGAAGCCCGUGCAGAACGGCAGCCAGCUCUUCAUCAAGGAGCUGCGGAGCCGAACCUUCCCCAGUGCUGAAGACGUGGUGUCCCGCAUGCCAGGCGGCCAGCUCACGCUGGGCUACAUGGAGGAGCAUGGCUUCACAGAACCCAUCCUCGUCCCCAAGAAAGACGGGCUGGGCUUGGCUGUGCCAGCCCCCACAUUCUACGUCAGUGACGUUGAGAACUACGUGGGGCCAGAGCGGAGCGUGGAUGUGACAGAUGUCACCAAGCAGAAGGGCUGCAAGAUGAAGCUGAAGGAGUUCGUGGACUAUUACUACAGCACCAACCGCAAACGGGUCCUCAAUGUCACCAACCUUGAGUUCUCCGACACCAGAAUGUCCAGCUUUGUGGAACCGCCUGACAUUGUGAAGAAACUGUCUUGGGUAGAAAACUAUUGGCCUGAUGAUGCGCUGCUGGCCAAGCCCAAAGUGACCAAGUACUGCCUGAUCUGUGUGAAGGACAGCUACACUGACUUCCAUAUCGACUCUGGUGGUGCCUCUGCCUGGUAUCAUGUGCUUAAGGGCGAGAAGAUCUUCUAUCUCAUCAGACCGGCAUCGGCCAACAUCUCCCUGUAUGAGCGCUGGCGGUCGGCUGCAAAUCACAGCGAGAUGUUCUUUGCUGACCAGGUGGACAAAUGCUACAAGUGCACGGUGAAGCAGGGCCAGACCCUCUUCAUCCCCUCAGGCUGGAUUUAUGCCACGCUUACUCCCGUGGACUGCUUGGCCUUCUCGGGACAUUUCCUGCACAGCCUGAGUGUGGAGAUGCAGAUGAGGGCAUAUGAAGUGGAAAGAAGAUUGAAACUGGGAAGCUUGACUCAGUUUCCCAACUUUGAAACUGCAUGUUGGUACAUGGGGAAGCAUCUGCUGGAGGCAUUCAAAGGGUCACACAAGUCUGGGAAACAGCUGCCCCCUCACUUAGUCCAAGGAGCUAAGGUUCUCAAUGGUGCUUUCAGGUCAUGGACAAAGAAGCAGGCACUGGCAGAGCAUGAAGACGAGCUCCCCGAGCACUUCAGGCCAUCACAGCUCAUCAAGGACCUGGCCAAGGAGAUCAGGCUCAGCGAGAAUGCCUCCAAAACCGUCCGGCCAGAAGUGAAUACCAUUGCCUCCUCAGAUGAGGUCUGUGACGGGGAGCAGGAGAAAGAGGAACCCCCGUCUCCCAUCGAGGCCACUCCACCUCGAUCCCUCCUGGAGAAAGUGUCCAAAAAAAAGACUCCCAAGACUGUGAAGAUGCCUAAGCCGUCCAAAAUCCCCAAGCCCCCGAAAUCUCCCAAGCCCCCCAAGCCCCCCAAAACGCUGAAGCUCAAGGAUGGCAGCAAGAAGAAAGGGAAGAAGUGCCGGGAGGCAGCCUCGCCCACCAUCCCCGACCUGGACCUGCUCGAGGCGCACACCAAGGAGGCGCUGACCAAGAUGGAGCCACCCAAAAAGGGCAAGGCCCCGAAGAGUGUCUUGAGUGUUCCUAACAAGGAUGCCGUCCAUACGCAGAAUGACGUGGAGAGGUUGGAAAUCCGCGAGCAAACUAAGAGCAAGUCUGAGGCCAAGUGGAAGUACAAGAACAGCAAACCAGACUCCUUGCUGAAGAUGGAGGAGGAGCAGAAGCUGGAGAGGUCACCCCUGGCUGGAAACAAGGACAAGUUCUCCUUCUCCUUCUCCAACAAGAAGCUGCUGGGCUGCAAAGCUCUCAGGCCCCCGACCAGCCCUGGUGUGUUCGGGGCCUUGCAGAACUUCAAGGAGGACAAGGCCAAGCCCGUGCGGGAUGAGUACGAGUACGUGUCUGACGAUGGGGAGCUCAAGAUCGACGAGUUUCCCAUCAGGAGGAAGAAGAACACCCCAAAAAGGGACUUGUCCUUCUUGUUGGACAAGAAGGAGGUGCUUCCCACGCCCGUCACGAAGCCAAAGCUGGACUCAGCGGUGUACAAGCAGAGCGAUGACUCCUCUGAUGAGGGCUCCCUGCACAUCGACACCGACUCCAAGCCUAGUCGCAACGCCAAAGUCAAGAAGGAAAGCGGGAGCUCCGCAGCGGGCAUCCUGGACCUGCUGCAGGCCAGCGAGGAGGUCGGGGCGCUCGAGUACAACCCCAACAGCCAGCCCCCGGCCUCCCCCAGCACACAGGAAGCCAUUCAGGGAAUGCUGUCCAUGGCCAACCUGCAGGCCUCUGACUCCUGCCUGCAGACCACGUGGGGCACCGGCCAGGCCAAGGGAAGCGCACUGGCAGCCCAUGGCGCCCGGAAGAAUGGGGGCGGCAGCAAGAGUGCGGGCAAGCGGCUGCUGAAGCGGGCCGCCAAGAACAGCGUGGACCUGGAGGACUAUGAGGAGGAGCAGGACCACCUGGACGCCUGCUUCAAGGACUCGGACUACGUUUACCCCUCCCUGGAGUCUGACGAAGACAACCCUGUCUUCAAAUCACGGUCAAAGAAGAGGAAAGGCUCUGAUGAUGCUCCCUACAGCCCAACAGCAAGGGUCGGGCCAUCAGUGCCGAGACAGGACAGGCCUGUGCGAGAGGGGACCCGAGUGGCCUCCAUUGAGACUGGGCUGGCAGCUGCCGCAGCCAAGCUGUCCCAGCAGGAGGAACAGAAGAGCAGGAAGAAGAAGAGCACGAAGAGGAAGCCUCCAGCUGCCUCCGCCGCCUCUCCACCCACCACUGCUGCCUCCACCUCCGUCUCCGCCUCCGCCUCUGUCUCCGCCAGCACCACCUUGGUCUCCACCACGCCGGCCUCCGCCACGCCGGCCUCCGCCAGCACAGCAAGCAGCCAGGCCUCGCAGGAGAGCAGCUCGCCGGAGCCCCUACCCGAGUCACACAGCAGCAGCCUGGCUGACCACGAGUACACAGUGGCUGGCGCCUUCUCGGGGGCCCAGGCCGGCCGAGCAGCCCAACCGAUGGCCCCCGGGGUCUUUCUCACACAGAGGCGGCCCUCCGCAUCCUCACCCAACAACAGCGCCGCCGCCAAAGGAAAACGCACGAAAAAGGGCAUGGCUACCGCCAAGCAGAGGCUCGGGAGGAUUCUGAAAAUCCAUCGAAACGGGAAACUGCUCCUGUAAAGUCUGGAGUGCCAGGACCCUGCUGCUCUGCUCGGGACCCCGGAGCCUCGCAAAACAUCAGCCCCAGGGAGGGAGGGCGGGAGCUGCCUCACCCAGGGAUGGCCUCGCCCCCUCAGCCAUCACCUCCCACAAACCAGCGUCUGUCUCUUGAGCAGGCAGAGCAAGCCUAGCAUGGGGCCCUCGUUUUGAAUGUGGACGUCCUUUCUCCAGUUGCUUGGAGUGACCAGUUCCGGGAAAGUUGCCCUGCCAGGAUGAGGACCAUUCCAGUUUCAGGACAGCCUCCAGCCACCUGAGAAUGUGGGUGUGAUUUCAGGGCUUCUGCAGCUCUUCUGGGAGCGCGAGUUCUUCGAGGAAGGAGGAGUGAGCCAAUGCUCACGGGCCCCAGAGUUUGAGCUGGCCACAGGCUGGUAGCCUCCAGAGGCUUAAAAAAAGGCAAAGAACACAGCGGGCAAGUGAGGAAGAGCAAGCAGGAUUUUUGUGGAGACCUUCCAGGCUCUUUCCAGGAGCACCUGGCCGCCAGGAGAAGUCCGCCACCCCGCGCCCCGGUGGGAGGCGGCAGCCCAGAUGGCGGUGUCACACCCCGACACCCAGGGUCAUUUCUUUGGGGCAGCUAGGACCAGUAGCUGGGUUGGCAUGCUGCCAGGUGCGGGGGCUGCGUCGGGGUCCCCAGGGAAGGACAAGGGCUCAGCCACCUCUUGGGGCCCGGGGGCCCAGGCUAAGCCACGAAGCGGGGCCCGGCCUGGCUCUGCAGGCUGCACCCCGAGAAGCACUUCUCGCCACCCAGGACCCCUGGGCAGGCGGCAGCUCUGGAGGGCGCAGAAGGCACCUCUCUGUUCCCGCGCUCUACCCAGACGACGGACGGACAGACAGCCGGCGCGUCUGCCCGCCGACACGGAGGGGCUGCAUUGUUUCUCAGGCAAUCCUGUAUUUUAAUUUUAGAUGUACUUCCUGAAGCAUAUUUUUCAUAGAAUGUAGCGUGUAAAUAGCUUUUUAAAUGACUUCUUUUUUAUAAGAGCGAAAGUAUCUUUAGGAAUUUCUUUCUAUAGAGCCUUCAUUCCCUUUAUACGAGUUUUUUGCCGACUCUGCCGGGCAGUCGGGUUCAGCGCUCUUUUUUCCUUUCCCUUCUCGCCUUCGUUAUCGCCCUCACUGUUGUUUUCCUUUGAGGAACGAGGAAUUGCCUGAAAAACAAGCGGCGUCGCGCGGCCUUACACUCUUGUCUUCACAGAGGCAAACAGGACACAAAAGCUCUAUUUCAGACACGUUUUGAAGACGAAUCUUCAACUUUGAAACCAGCUCUUUGUUGCCCUUCUUGUAUGACGAGGGGGUUGGGAGACAGUUAUUUUACUAGCACCUUGUGAAGUGUUUCUGUGUUUUGUGAUGCUGUAAUUUAUUAAUGUUUGUAGCUUUUUAUAUUUGUACAUUUCUUAUGAGCUUUGUUUAUACACCCAUCGCCCGGGCGUCCUGUACUCGGAGAGGCAGCGGCGGAGCCCCACUCCCGCCCCAGCAGGAGGACUCGGGGCUCCCGGCCUGGGCCUCUCGGAUCAGAUCGGAACGGGCGUCCUCAGUCCCCUUGGCCUGUCCUUGUCAGCAUUUAUAUAAUCUAACCCGGGCGGCAAGCCGUUCUCUCUCCCUCUCUCUCUUCUCUCUUUUUAAUUUUAUUAUUAUUUUGGCAACAUGUACAUUUCUAACAAAGUUUAUCGUGGCUUUAAAGUGUUUUAUUUCCCAAUUCAUAUUACUCUUGUAUUGAGUCCAUGAGGUCUGAGGCAACUUAGACCAAAGUUUUAAAAAGUAAAAAAUAUUUCAGGUUUUGUACAGAA